CAGCUAAUGUUUUCUUUGGUUGUUUUUUGUUUCACUGUGCUCCUCUUGAGUAUGCCUGUUUGAAGACAAGUUGAAGACUCACUUCUGCAUAUUGGCAUUUGAGUAGGGCAUGUGGUUAUAAGGUGAACUAUGCACUGGCCUGAACUUCUUUUAAUCUAAAAGGUUUUGCAUAGUGCGAUUUUAGUUUUGUUAGACAGGUGCAUCAAGUACAAUGUUGCAGAUGAGGUUUAAGGUCAUUCUCUUGCUCCUUCUAUUGGUGGUCAGGUGUGUUGCACAGGAAGAAACCCAAACUAAAGGCUGUGUUUGUGGAUACCCUGGAAUACCAGGGGACCCUGGACACAACGGUACACCUGGCAGAGACGGCCGAGAUGGACUCAGAGGUGACAAAGGUGAUCAAGGUGAAGUCGGCCGUAUUGGACCAGCAGGCAAUGACGGGCACAAGGGAGACAAAGGGAACCCUGGUACAGUUGGCCCAGCAGGGCUCAAAGGAAAAAGGGGAGAUAAUGGAGAACGGGGGCCUCCUGGGAAAAUGGGGCCCCAAGGGAUCCAGGGGCCCAUUGGCCUGAAAGGAAAUAAGGGAGAGCUCGGGCUGCCUGGACCCCAAGGACAUAAAGGUGAUUUGGGGCCUCUUGGACCAGAGGGUCCCAAGGGGGAAAUUGGCCUUCAAGGUGACAGAGGCUUUCAGGGACCAAUAGGACCCCCUGGCAGGCCAGGACCUAAGGGGGAAAUUGGUGUUCCAGGUCACAAAGGCAAUAUUGGUUAUCGUGGGGACAGAGGGGCUCGAGGAGAGAGAGGUGAUAAGGGUGAGAAGGGAGAGGCACUUGUUAUCUCUAAAAGCGCCUUCUCUGUGGGACUCACAGCACAAAGUAAACUCCCAGCAGCUAAUGCACCGAUCCAGUUUGACAAGAUUAUUUACAACCAACAGAAUCACUACAAUCCACAAACAGGAAGGUUCACAUGCUCCGCAGCCGGAGCCUAUUUCUUCACCUACCACAUCACUGUCUUCUCUAGAAACGUGAAGGUGGCUCUCAUGAAGAAUGGUGCAAAAAUAAUCCACACCACAGAUAAUUACCAGAGCAGCGAGGAUCAGGCAGCAGGGGGCGCUGUGCUGCACCUGGACGUGGGGGACAAGGUGUGGCUGCAGGUGAUUGGAGGAGAGCUGUUCAAUGGGCUCUUUGCUGAUGAUGAUGAUGACACUACCUUCUCUGGGUUCUUAAUCUUUGGGGCAUGACUUUAGAAUUGCUGGUAUAAUUUACUUAUUACUUGUAUUAUUACAUUGUAUUAUUAUACCGUACAUACUUAUCAUCAACUGGUAAAUCCACUUUGUACUUUACACUUGUUUUAAUUUUAUACUUAUAUCCACUUGGUACUUAAUUUAUC